GGUGGGGGCGGGGGAGAGAACCAUCUCCUCAUCUCGCAUUUCUCUCCCCCGAGCUCUUCUGGUGGGAACCUUUGCUGAGCUCGUGCGCGCCUCCCGCCCCUCCUCCUCUCCACUCUGGGAGAUCAUCUCCUCUUCUCCCCUCGCUCGCCCCCCUCUCCCCUCUUUCCCUCCCUCCUUCCCUACCGCGUGCCUCCUCCCCUCCCCCUCGACUCCCUCCCCUCCAGCCGCAACAGCAGUAGCCGCCGCUUCAGCGGAGCCGGAGAUGGGCAGAGAGCGCGCGCGGCGCAGCAGCUCCGGAUCCACAGCCCUCCCCGCCGGCAGCUCCCUGCGCCCCCGCCGCCGCUGUCGCCGCCUCGGCGUCCCCAGGCUCCAGUCCCGCGCCUAGGACAGCGCCGCCACCGCCGCCCGGCCCUGCCUGCCGCCUGCGCUGCGCAGUCCUCGCGCGCGCCCGGAUGGCGCUUCCCUCCCUGGACCGGCUUAGAAUGUAAUAAUUCAAGAAUUUUAUAAUACAGUUGAGUAGCUUAACAACUGUUUAUGUGCUUCCCAUGGUAUGUUCUCCAUAUGUUUUUCUAAAGAGAAAAGUGGGAUUUUAUUCUGUGAAUCAAGGAGAACACAAGAAGACUUUAUUAGGACUUCUGAAAUGAGGGAUUGCCUCCACUGGUUGAGACAGAAAAUAUGAAAUCCUAUGGCCCAGUAAAUCUCUCACUUGCUUUUGAAGUCAUAGACCACCACUUGCCCCACUUUAAUGAAAAAAUUAUGACAUCAGCAUCCAAAGGAAUUCUCCGUCCAUUUUUAAUUGUCUGCAUUAUCCUGGGUUGUUUCAUGGCAUGUCUGCUCAUUUACAUCAAGCCCACCAACAGCUGGAUCUUCAGUCCAAUGGAGUCAGCCAGCUCAGUGCUGAAAAUGAAAAACUUCUUCUCCACCAAAACUGAUUAUUUUAAUGAAACUACUAUCCUGAUUUGGGUGUGGCCAUUUGGGCAGACCUUUGACCUUACAUCUUGCCAAACAAUGUUCAACAUCCAAGGAUGCCAUCUUACCACAGACCGUUCCCUAUACAACAAAUCUCAUGCGGUUCUGAUCCAUCACCGAGACAUCAGUUGGGAUCUGACUAACUUACCUCAGCAGGCUAGGCCACCCUUCCAGAAAUGGAUUUGGAUGAAUUUGGAAUCACCAACCCACACGCCCCAGAAGAGUGGCAUUGAGCACCUGUUCAACUUGACUCUGACUUACCGCCGUGACUCAGAUAUCCAAGUGCCUUAUGGCUUCUUGACGGUGAGCACAAACCCCUUCGUGUUUGAAGUGCCAAGCAAAGAGAAGUUAGUGUGCUGGGUUGUAAGUAACUGGAAUCCUGAGCAUGCGAGGGUCAAGUAUUACAAUGAGCUGAGCAAAAGCAUUGAAAUCCAUACAUACGGGCAAGCAUUUGGAGAGUAUGUGAAUGAUAAAAAUUUGAUUCCUACCAUAUCUACUUGCAAAUUUUAUCUGUCUUUUGAAAACUCAAUCCACAAAGAUUACAUCACAGAAAAGCUCUACAAUGCUUUUCUAGCCGGCUCUGUCCCUGUUGUUCUGGGGCCGUCUAGGGAAAAUUAUGAGAAUUAUAUUCCAGCAGAUUCAUUCAUUCAUGUGGAAGAUUAUAACUCUCCCAGUGAGCUCGCAAAAUAUCUGAAAGAAGUUGACAAAAACAAUAAGUUAUACCUUAGUUACUUUAACUGGAGGAAGGAUUUCACAGUAAACCUUCCACGAUUUUGGGAAUCACAUGCAUGCUUGGCUUGUGAUCAUGUGAAAAGGCAUCAAGAAUAUAAAUCUGUGGGUAAUUUAGAGAAAUGGUUUUGGAAUUAAAGUUUUCCAUCAUUUGCACACUUGGAGAAAUUAUUUUGAUGAGCUAUCAUCCAAGUUUUGAGGAUAAGAAGAGAGACAACAUUCUGCUUUUGUGUCACAAUUUAUUUUUAUCACUCUCUCUUGGGUAACAUGUAUAUUUUGAUGGAGAUUUUUGAGAGCUCAGCAUUAGCAAUCACUCCCUUUGGUUUUAAAUUAUCCUGUAUAUACCUAAUUAUGUGCACUGAAAGUUAAUUUAUUCUUUGCUACCAUUUGUAAACAUUGUUUUCCACAUUUUGGUAGUUGUUUGUAAUGUAAGUUUGUGAUAUGAUUGUUGUUUCUACAAUGGUCAGCUGUUUAAUCUUUUUGGGAAAUGAAGAUGCACACUUAAAAUAUGAAAUAUUUUCACUAAAUAUCAUAAUUUCUAGUUCCAACUUUGCAUAAUGUAACAAAGGAAAAGCAUUGGUAAUGGAGAUCUAACCUCUUUGACUUUGAAGUGAACAAAGUGUAUAACUGCCUCUAUUUGAUCUAUUUUUUACCUGUUUACCACAUUUUUUGUGAAGGAAAAAUUAUUCAUAUAAUGAAUAAGAAAGAGAGUGAAGCAGAACUGUUUUAUUCAGGAAACUAGUAGACUUCUCAUUUAUUUUCAUUAAGCUGUCUUGCAAAUGCAGCUACCUGUUCUCAUGAUCUUAAGUUAAAUUAUUCAAGUAUUUUUACAUAUCCAAUUUGGGGGGACUUUUAGAACCUGGGAAAUAAUCCUGACAACACUUAAGAAUAUCUAAGACAGUUCUCUUCCCAGUCCUAACACUCAUUAUUAUAAUAAAGCAAACAAUUUCCCCAAAUAACAAAGGAAAAGGAUGUGUAUAGAUAAAAAUCAUAUUUACAUGGUACAUUUAUGUACAAUUUUGAUAACAUAUCAAUUUACCAUAUUUUUUCCCUAGCCCCAAUAUUUAAAAGUUUCUAUUUGCCAUACAGACAGUCACAUAGACAAAACACUUAAAAUAUCUUUUAAAAUAUCAUUUAAAAUAACUUAAGUAAAAUUAUCAUUAAGUUGUAAAUGUAAGAUGUUAAACAUAAAAAAAGGGGGGAUCUAUAGAAAACACAAUGCUAACACGGAGUAAGAUCUCAAUGCAUAUUUAUUGAAUGAAUCAAUGAAUGUCAUUGAAAGUCAUGGGAAAUUUUUGUUUGUUUCCAUGGAGUAACAGUUCUAGCCUAGAAAUAUUAACUGGAGAUGAUGUUUUAUAUUUCAUUUUAGUAAUUAUUCGUAUACAGCACACAUGACCAUGGCUAUGAGGGCUUUACAGAACAAAAAUAAAUUUGUCAUUACUCUAAGUUUUUGGAAAAAUUCAUCCCUGAACCUCCAGUUGCUAUACAGCAUUUUUCCUCUGUAAGGUUAAGGACUGGAUAUAAGCGGAAAUUAUUAGUAGGUGAGAAAAGAUGGGAUGUUAAGGAAAGCAUUUCCCAAAAGACUCUUUAAUGACUCUAUUCCGUUCAGGCCAAAAACCCAACAAAAGAAUUGGGAUGUUCUGAUGACAUCCAUUUGGAUCUAAUUCUAAUUGUCCUGCUACAUGUCAACAUUAGCAGUUGAACACAAAUCCACAAUCUUCUACAUCAAAUGAAAGUCAGAUAGAGGCAAACUUCAGUUCAGUAAGUACUCCAGACUCCCUUGUGUAGGAAUGGGCUCUCUGGAACACUAGAAGGAUUGGAACAGAGGAAGAUUCCUGCAUUAGAUGGAGAAAUGUUUGAUCCUCAAGUUCAUUUCUUACCCAUGUUGAACAGGUCUUUUGUGUCAGGCAACACCCUAACCAGAGAUAAAGAUGAGCAAUAGGAUGCCCUAUAGGAGCUUACAAUUCAGUGGAGGGAUACACAGAAGCUUUCUUUGAGCCUAUGUUUAUGCACAUACUACUCUCAAUGGAGUUGAUUUGAGUCACUGCUGAUUUAAUGAAAAUGAGGUAGCAAAUUUCCCCAGUUGCUUAGGGAUUUGACGUAUUUCUGAGCUGCAAACUUUGUUUACUCAUUUGAUCCAGUUUUGCUUCCCUCCAUAUUAUCUCUUCUAACCACACUGCAUCAAGAAAUAGUAUGUUUGUGUGGAUGCCCGCUUACAUAAGAACAGAUCUCCACCCACAUUUAUUUCAUCAUGUUAAAACAGUCUAAUUCAUAUAUUUACACUUACUUUGUCAUCUUUUGGGCCUGUAAAAAGCAUAGGGAUCAAAACAGGAUGACUGGCUAACAAGUUUAGCAAGCAUCUGCUUCUUCAAAAGCAGAAAUGCAUUCAUCGUCAUGACAACCCAUCUUUGUUAUGGUGGGUGCUCAUGAUUUCAAAGAACUGAUAAACCUGAACACAUCGCCUCUCUUGUCAACUAUGAAUUUGGUCUCUUUUGUAGACUGUCUAUGAUCACCUGUUGAUAAUGUGACCCAAGCCAAGGUAAUAACACCAAGUGACUAACUGGCACAUCUGUCUAUUGAAAACCUGUUACCGACUCCCAGAAGUUUAACUUUUCUGAAUUUGAAGUGCCAAAAUGAACGAGUCAACUUACCCCAUCCGUUAUGGGCCCAUUUAUCCAUAGGUUUUAGGGCUAGAUGGCAUUAUAGCAAUGUUUACACACCAAUUCCUUUAUUCUACUUAUGAGUAAAUCAGAUCCAGAGAUAAUAUUUAUGAAAGAAACAUGUUCACACACACAUAUCACACACACACACACACACACACACACACACACACGCAGCUACUGCCAUGGCCAAGAUUGGAAUGCAAAGGUGCUGCAUCUUUUAAUUCUAUAUUCUUUUCUUCGAAUUCUCACCUAACAAAAGAAGUAUGUUGCAACUCCUAAAAAUGUGAAUGCCUUAUUGGUAUAAUUAGGGCCUGUGGAAUGGUACACUCUAUGUGGAAGCACUUUGACUUUUGAAAAAGUACACAGUAAAUAAGAUAUCAAACUUGUUAGCAUUCUUUCUGUCUUAAAUAUUUUAGGAGUUGUGCUUGGACAGAAGGAAAUGGGCUUUCACCACAUGUUAAGUGAAAUGCAACCCUCACGAUGGUAUAUGGUUCUCAGACACUUUUUAAAUAAAUCCUGUGGAUUGUAACUCUUUUAAAGGAUAUCUCAUGGUGAAAGAUAUUGAUUCAACAAAAUUAACUUGCCAUUGGUUAUAGAAACAAAUAAUUAUGCCAGAGGAUAAACUGUGGAUAUAAAAAGAGAAUAAACCAUUUAAAAAGUUUUAUUCCAAAAUAUCAAAAAUCUGUUACUUUCAAUGGUCUGAAUAUUUAAAUGUUAAUUAUUGAAAGACUUACUGGUAAGAAUAUAUAAAUAGUAAUCAUUAUAGGUAUUUGCAGUAAGAAUGUAUAAUGAAUUCUUCAUACCCAGCAGUAUUAUACUCUGAAAAAAGACAUGACAGUCAUAUUCUAUGACAGCCAUAAAUUUUACAAUAUGAAACAGCAACAGGAAAAAAAAAGUUAUCCUAGUGGGAAACCAAUAUCAGCUAAAAUUUGUGCAUGUACUACAUAAGUCCUGAUAAUCCUAGAAUGUGCAGAAAUGUUUUCUGUUGUGAGGCCUUAGAAAGCUUAGAGGACUUGAGGUGUGAAGUGACAGAAUAUUUAAGAAUUAUUUGCUGCGGCUUUACAUUCUUGCCUCCAAUUGGAGGUUAAAUAUGGAAAGAAUAGGAAACUAUACUAUUAAUAUCUUUUUGCAUGCCUAUUUUCAAACUAGAUUCCAUGAGUCUUAAGGUAAUCACCUAGAAAAUGUCUUUGCAUGAAGUAAUAUUACCAAAACAAGAUUUGGGUCCUUUCAUUAUGACUUUGUGCUUACCCAUAUCUUUGAGUUCCCUUGAACUCUGACCUCAUUUAGAGGAACUUCUUAAUGAAUUAAUUCCAACCAAACUGUUAGAUAUGCAAACUUCAGGAUCUAAAAGAUAAGCACAGUGCCUAAAACAAAGGAGGCAAAUAUUUGUUCAAUGAAUAAGGAAAUUGUUUUGGGGAUCAUGCAGAAUUUUUUUAUGUGUGAUAACUGUUCCAGCUUAUUGACAUCAGUUAGAGGUUGUAUAUGAUAUUUAUUUCAUUGUUCAGUUUACUGCUUGGAUGCAAAGGAAGGCUUUAUGUUCUUCCAAUCUUAUUGCAUUCUAGCACCCCAAAAGAAGUAACAUCUCAAGAAAGAUUUAAAAGGAUUGGAAACAUGUUAACAUUAUAUUCAAAUGUUAAUGCCAACUGUUUCUAAUAGGAAAGACACCUGGUAUUUGAGGAGAAUGUAAAUGCAAGCACUGUGAAGGGCAUGUAUUUAUUACCAAACUAUGCACGGAGAGAAAUCCGGUUUCCUUCCUCCCUAACUGCACUCAUUUGUAUUGCAAACAUCAGUCAAUUCAGAUGAUAUUCUUUUCAGGUUGUCUCUCAUCUAAAGAUUUUGUAGCAUUUUGCAAAUGGGCAAGCUCAACUACUAUCCAAAGUGGUCUCCCUCUGAGAAAUUCAUGUUGAAUGCAUCCAUAUUCAUAAACAUUAUACACAGCAGGUAACAGAACAAAAAUGAGAGAGAGCCUACUAAACCAGAAAUAUGAACAAUGCUACACUGGGUUAUAGGUUCAACAAACUAUAGUUCUGAGAAAGCCACCUAACUUUUCUGGACCUUGUUGUUUGCCACGUUCCUUCUGGCACAGUUAUUCUCUCAUCUAAGAUCUAAACUGAUAUAUGCAUAUGUUUGCAAAUGAAAUUCCAAUGACCAUAUAAUUUUUUGGAAGUAAAUGUUUCAAACGGAUUUCCCUCUUAUUUCUCUAAAUAGGCAUUUAAAGUAUAAAAUUGAUUAUCUAAACUAAUAUAUGGAAAAACUUAAUCCAAUGCUUGGAAUACAGAAAGUGCUCAAUUAACUAAACUUCUUCCUUUAACUAACUUCCCCUUCAUUCUCUACCUCAUCUUUUGCAAUUCAUGUACUCACUACCCACUAAGACCUUAACUGCCCAUAGAAAAGCAACCAUUUAACGAGCAUUAUUUUAAAAUAUUAUAGAUUUUUCUAUAUCACCCACAUUCUUAUUACAAUAAUCUAAAACUUUUUAUCAAUGCAAAAAUUUCAGGGAGGCAGAGGAAGGCACAUUGCAAAUCCCCAGAUGACAAUAAAACAGGGAGCGGAUAUUUGAGGAAGCCAGAUUGACUAUAUCUAAACAAUUUAGUUACUCUUAACUCAUAGUUACUAUAUAUUUUUCAUUUGAUCUACUUUGAAAAUAUUGUAAAAAAAUAAUUUAAAAAGAACCUCUCCAAUGCCAGCUGCCUUUUCAGUGUUACUGAAAAGUCUGGUUCCUGGGUCAACAGACCUAGAAUCGCCAGAGGUUAUUUAUGAACAAUACUGAUUCCUUGAUCUUGCUCAUGUAAUUGGAAUCUCUUUAAAUAAGUUAAAAAAAAAAAAUUGCAUGCUUUUGAUCCUUUUCCUAAGUUAUUCUGCUCCGUGCUAUAGUUUAUAAGCCAUCCUAAGCCAGUCAGCAGUCAGCAUUUCUCAACACACCUAUGUCACUGGAACUUCUUGGAUCAGUUGCAUAAGAAUCAUUUUGAAAACUAUAAAUAAUAUACAGUUUCUGAUUAUCUGGUCUGAGAUGGGAGCUGGAAUCUGUAUUUUCAAAAUAUCCCCAGAGGGUUCUGAUAUGCUGCUGUCAGGUUUGAGGCCUGUGUGUUAGCCACCUGUAAAACGGAAUGUAUUCUUUUGCUUAACCGAUACAAGCUAAUGUCUUUUUAAAAUUCACCUGGAAUGUUAGCGUCCUUUUUAAAUUCACCUAGAAUUUUCCCGAGUAUGUCAGUGAAGUGUUGUCUCAACUUCAAGAGCCAAGACAUUCUAUAUGCCUAAUCAUUUCAUACAUGAGCAUGGUAUUGACUAAUCCCUUGACUUGGGACAGGUUAUCUACAGUCUCCAAAUCUUCUUCUAAGUUGUGAGUGGUUCAUUCAUAGCAGUAUUUCUCAAGCCUAGAUGCACAUGUGGAUCACCUGGAGAGGAUUUAAAAUUGUGGAUGCCAGAUCUCCAGAGAUCUGAUCUGAUCGGUUGGAAAUGGGACCCAGAAACAAACAAUUGUAAACGCUCCGUAGAUGAUACUCAUGUGAGGCCAUCUCUGGAAACCAUCAGUCUGCACAAAAGACCUGCUCAAUUCUUGUCCUGGAGAAGUUAUUAGGAAAAGCAAAGUAUAUGUACCUGGAGAGCAUAUCUCUCUUUCUCUUUUUAGGUUCUAAAUGCAUGUUUGAAUUUGUAACAUGAAAAAUUGGACUGCCCAAUUACUAGGAUCCUUUAUAACCAUAAAAUUUUAUUCUUCUUUGAUCUGCUAAGGAGCUGUAUAUGUUUAAGAGAAUUUAUUUUCAGUGUCCCAAAGUCUUUGUUUGAUGGGUAGAAAAGUAAUUUGCAACUGGCAUAUAACAAUGAGCUAUCUGUAGCACAUGGAUUUUUGAUGACCCAGAUUUACAACUGAAUCCCAGCUCUGCCUGUAUACAGGCACUAACUGUAUACAACUAACUGUAUACAAAUUAUGAGGCUCCUGUAAGCCUCAGAUUUUGCAUCUGUAAAGUGGAGGUAGCAUAUUCCUGAUGCAUAUUUUUGUGAGGACAAAUGAAAUAACACUUAAGUGAAGAGAAAAUAUGUUCAAUGAGUAUCAUUUAUUAUAAUAAAAGAUCAUUGUGGGGAACUCCAAACUGUCUCCACAAUUUCAGUUCCCAAACUGAAGAUGUUAAUUAAGCAGACAGCUUAUAAGAAUUGCUGCAAAUUUAAGUAAGCCGAAGGAACAACCUUCAGGAUAAGAGAAACAAAUACAGUGUGGAAGCAUGCAUUCACAUCUGUAAUUGCUAAGUACUGGAAGGGGUGUGGGGAGCUGGCCUUGGUAGCACACAGGCAUUAUUUGCAUCAGUACACACAUGCUCCAUUUCUUAAAAUAAUUGGAUCUCCAGCAGGCUUAAUUUCCCCUCACUGUUAUGAACAAUCCGUAAGUUAACAGUUAAUUUAGCUUAUUAUUAGUUGGCAUAGCUCAUGUCACAGAAUGGAGUAGCAGGAAGAUUCUCAGAGGUGAUUGGCUGGUAAGGAAAGAGGCCCAGAAAUAUUCAACAACCUGAGUUCCUCCACGUCAGCUUGGCCACAGAGCCAGUUAAUGACAUAAGUUAGAAACAGAAUCAGGUCCUCAUCUACUUUUCCUAAAGUUAAAAAAAAUUCUAAAAGUUACUUUAAAAAUGUUAGAGUAUAAAUUCAAUAAACAAGAAUGUAUUUGUUUAGUGGUGCAGAAAUAAAAAUAAUUCCUAGCCAGACUGUAAGACUACUCUAAUUGCUAAUUGCAUAAUAAAAUUUUGACAUGACUAAUCUCAGCUGUUCAUUUGCACAAUUUCUAAGUUAUACUGUAAUAAAACAAAAAAGUAAACUUAAGGAAUUUUUUAUAUGUAUGUGUGAAAAAAAUGAAUAACAUUCAAAAUAGUAGUUUUAAGUAGUUCAUAAUCAUCUCACUUUAAAGAACAUUAGAAACAUUUAUUUCAGACACAUUAGAAAAUUUCAAAAAUUACUUUUCUGAGUUAUCUGGCAACCAAAUUAUUGAAUUUCUUGUAUACAUAAAGAAUGUUAAAUUAGAGCUUGCUGGAAUUUCAUUAGGAGAAACAAAUAUACAUUUCAUCUGAGAAGUUUUCAGAGUGAUUUUUUUUUUCGGAGAAGUAUGUUAACUAUGCUGACUAUUACACACGAGGCUGCAUUCCAUUUUGAUUAAUGAAGGUGCAGGAGAUAGAAAAUCAGUCUCCACAGAUACGGUACCCAGAUAACCCCACACUACUCAUUGUGCAAGAAAUAUGUGCCAGAAUUACAACAGUGCAUCCCCCAUCUUGGACUGGCCUCAUUAGCCACCUUCAGUCCCUCAGAUGAAACAAUCCUGAAGAUGUCUUCCUCGUCCAAAGCCAGAUUGCCAGAAGAGAGCUUACUAUCAUCUGGGAUGGGAUAUGUGUCUCCAGGGACUGUAAUGAGAUCAGGCCUUCCAAAUACUGGCUUUCUUCCUUAAGAGCCUUAAACAGACCAAGAAUAUCUCAUACUAUGUAAAGGCAGGAGCUGUCUCCUUUUUAGAUAAUAGAUGACCUAUCUUGAAUAUCUUACAUAUUAUAUAAAAAUAAUGAAUCAAAGGACAAAGACUAUCAUACUUGAGAGCAGGAGUUGAUUUACGGGGGGAAAAAAAACAUCAUUUAGCUCAUAGAUGCUUUACAUUCAAAACAAUGAGAGCUCUUGUGCUGGAAGAUGAACAGGCUAUAUAGCAUUGGAAAUGGAGAUAGAAAAAAGUAGUGAAAACAAUGACAUCUUUAUUACUCUUAAAUAAAAAUUUAAAUCUCUUGAGCUAUCAGCAUGAUGGCAGCCUUCAAAAUCAGUAUAUUUAUUCACGUGGACCUUUUCCCCUCCCUCUUUUUUAUUUUUUCUUUUUUUUAAUUUAAGAUUGGAUUUGGUAGGAGACAGGGUUAAUGGAGUAAUUGUGACAAAAUAAAAAUAACAUUUUCAUAAAUCAUAUGUGAGAUGAAGGUAAAAAGUAAUGUUUGCUGGCGGGAAUGCAAUAAUUUGAGAGAAAUUAUUGAGAUUAAUCAUUGGAAUAAUGCGGUUUAUUCCGAAUCUAAAACAACCUAAAAACAAUCUAAAAACCUAAUAGAGGUUUUUAAAGGGAAAAAGUAAAGAGUUAACAAGUCUCAAUGUAGAUUCAAGUUCACAAAGCUGCAGAAAGGAAGAAAAGAGUAGUAAACCAAGGAUUCGAACCCAAGCUCCAGGUGGCACAAUCCAUCGCACAAUCCACUAGCUUUUGCGGGAGAGGCGGGGGGAGGUCACUGACAUCUCAUGUGUCAACAGUGUGGUAGACUUUACAUUACAGUCACUUCAUAAAUCUUGAUUUCUUGAUUAGACAUUCUUGUUUAGUUAGCCUGGCACGGAGCAUGGGCUGCCAUAUACUCUUCUAGAAUUUUCCUUCUUUCCUCCUUGCUCUCUUCCAUGUGGCCAUGUCACUGCUCUGGGAGCCAUAAGAAAGAAGAGAAAAUAGUUACCAGGCAAUUUCCUUAGGAACUCUAAAUGGUUGCUAAAAAAAAAUGCAGUGGAGUUUUGCAAAUAAAGAGUGGGGACUUUACAUACUUUCUCUUCUCUCAUUUCCUCAAGAACACACAUACACACACACAUAUGCCUAUACUUCUUCUGUGUAGUUCAAGUGUAACUUUGAUAAAACAAUGUACACUCAAGUAAAGAAGGUCAAAACUAUCAUGGUGAAAUAAAAUGUGCCAAUUCUAGCCAAUAUGUGAAUUGUAAGGGUCAGUAAUCCAUAAACCAUUUGGGUGAUAAUUGUAUGUUUUCUUAAUGUAAUGUGAUUUUGCACUAUUGUAUUGUCAUAUUUAAGUGGACUCUUAAAAAUAUUCUGAAACCUAAAUGCCAAAUGUACAGUUUAUAGGUUCAUGUUAUUUCUGAUAAGGAUUUAAUUGCAUUGUGCUAAUAGUUGUUUAACGCUAUUAACUUUCUGUAUGUGUAUUAUUGCAAUGCAGACCCCAUAGGGUUGUUGUAAGCACACUAACUAGUCAUCUGAAUUUUUAUAGAUAAAAUCACACAUUGAUCAGAAACCACUUUUCUACUUAUUUUUUUGUAGAGUAUUUUUCCACACUUGAAAAGACAUGAUUAUUUUAUAUCAAACAUCAGCUUUUCUUUAAAAUCUUAUUUUAGUAGCCAGUGCAUGUUUGAAAUAAAAUGUGUUAGGAAUUAUAUGAAGAUAUUAAGGUUGUGUUAUAUUAGGUGAAAAAAUGCAUGCCAUUAGGGAAUCAUGCAACUUUAGAGAGGCAUUUACACUGCCAGCUCAUACAUUGGCUUCAUCUCAAUCUGUGUGCAUGAUUCACAUCCUUUCAAAAAUUCUUUUUAAACUUGAGUAAAGUGAAAAUGUUAGUGCUAAUGAGCCAAUAGACAAUGCUGCUUUGCUUUUUUUCUAACUUGGCAGCAUAAUGGGGUAAAAUCCCCCCUCCCCAAUUUUCUUCUUGGAGUCUCUUGUUGGCAAUAAAAUACAACAAAUAAAAUCAUUUGUUGGCAAAUGACACAAUUUACUGCAUAGCAAUUUACUAUUAUAAAAGCAUGAAGAUGUGAAAAAUAUCUCAAUCAGUUCCAUACUAUGAACACAAUAUUCUGGCAGCUUUUUCUACAAUCAAGAAUAGUGUGUCGUUUGUUUUUUUACACUGCCAAAAUCAGUACUACUGCCAGGGGUGGUCGGGGGGUAUGGUGGGAGGUGUGGGAAUGCUAAACACUUGAGGCCAGGUCUGUACAACAUCAAGUUGGGCAAUGAUGUAGAACAUCCAGGCAGUGUGAACAGCCAAUCAGUGUGCUUGGCAGAAGAGGGGAAAAAAUCUUUUUUCUCAGUAACUUGGGUUUUAAGAAAAAAAAAUAGAGAUUCUAUAGAAAAUACGAAUUUUGCUGAAUAACACCAAGCCUCCACAUGCUGAUCAUUUGCAGUAGUCUUUGGGAACAAAAAUUACUCCAUUCAGUGAAGUUUUGUUUAUGUUUUUGUUUCUGUUUUGUGUUCUUUUUCAGAAAAUAUACUUGUGCUUUUGAAAGGGCUUAAUUCCAAACAGAUAAUAUAUGUGGACCAAUGACCACUUCCCAAAUGAAAUUAGUUAUUCAUCAUAAUAUAGUAAGACUAGAACAUAGCACUAGGUGACUUAAAACACCAAUAUAAGCAUUUAUACUAUUGGAAGGUAAUUUUGUUGCCAUGUGAUUAAAACAGUGGGGAUCCUAUUUAUACGUUUAUUUAUUUAUUUAUUUACACAAGUUUGGUUCAUUCAAGUUCAAUUUGAACAGCUUCAGUGAAGUUACUAUAACAGUAAGAAAAGCUGAAACUCAGGCAACUGAUCCUUGCUAUAGCCUGGAGAAAAUCAUUAAUCCAAAUGUUGAGUAGUCAGUGCUGGCAGUGUGGAGGCCAACUUCACUGACCACGAUGUCAUAUGUGUAUGGCAUUCAACGAACAUUGCUCUGGGCUCUUAGUUUGCUACACAUUGUUCCCUUCAUUGAUUCAACUUGUAAAUAACAUAACAUGUUAUGGCAGCUAAGCAAAUAUUUUAAUAAGCCAUGCAAAGCAAAAUGCCAUAGGAAAUCUGUAUAUUCAGCUAGUUGAAGAACUUGUGUUUUCCACAAAUUAAACUGGAGAUGUCAUUUGAAAUUUCCUUCCCUUAAAAAUGCCAUCGUAAUGUGGAUUCUGGCCCAUUGAUGUCUUUCUGGGUUUAUAUAAAUAUAUGGUAUGAUUGCUAUUGUUAUAAUUUUUUGAAAUUAUGUUCAGCAAUUAAUAGUGACUUCAAUGAUCCAUGCUAAGAUCCCAAGGCAGAAAUAAAUGUAUAAAGGGUUUGAGCCUGUAUGUGUAAGAAUUCUCUUUCUUCAAUCAUAUUUCCUAUAUUCAACGUAAGUACUUCACUGAUUUACCACUGGAGUUAUUCCUUGGAUGUGUAAAUAAUGAUGUUCUAUUCAGGCUUAAUGAAUUCCUGUACUGUGAAUAUUUAAAAUAAAAGAAUUCAAUUUAAAUGUGCAA